CAUUAAUCUUCAAACAUUGAUCUUUUCUGAGGAGAGUGGAGGCCAUCAUUUCCCAGCAGAGAUUGAGGAAAACUCGUGAUACGGUUUUUACUAUGAUUCUCUCGGUGGCUCUGCUGUUUUUGGUGUCCCUCUCGGUUACUGCAGGUCAACAACAGUAUAUACAGCCACGUGAAAGUGAUGAAACAGAGAUCAACAGCCACGCAUAUAUACAGCCAUGUGAAAGUGACGAAACAGAAUCCAAUGACCACUUUGGUCCACUGUCAAGUGAAAGCAAUGAAAUACUGAACUGCAGCCACACAGGCCUCACGCCAAGAGAAAGCAAUCAAACUGUGAAUAACAACCACACUUUUCUACAGCCAAAAGAAAGCAAUGAAACAGUGAAUAGCAGCCAUACAAUUUCAAAUCCUUCGAAUGUACAUCUUCAAAGACUGGCUGCAGGCUGUCGGGACAAAAACUUCACCUAUACGUCGUGCCAGAAAAUCUUCUGCCAGCCCUGGGAAAAAUGCAUUCAUGGAAACUGUGUCUGCAAGCUGCCUUAUCAGUGUCCAAAGAAUGGGGGAAACGUUUGCUCAGGCAAUGCAAAGAAGUAUAGGACAUACUGCCAGCUGAAAAGCAUUGAAUGUUUUCGAAAUUCAGAAACGUUCUCACAUUUCGGAGCCUGCUCGUUGGGACAUGCUGUUGUUUCUUGGCGAUCUGAUCGUAAUUCACAAGGAAUUGUUUUGUUCAGUUUCAAUCAGACUUUACAAGAAUUGUCUAUAUGCAUGAAUCAGAAGAGUUGGACAAUGCAUGAGGCAAAUGUAUUCUGCAGACAGCUCAACUUUCCAUUAGGAGCAGAGAAAAUUUUAACACCAACAGAAUUUACAAAUUGGUCGACGGUUACCAAUUUUAUGAACUGGUCGAACAGGAUGCGCUGCAGAGGGUUUGAGACGAGCCUGUCAGAGUGUUUCCGCCUCACAGAUAUUGAAAAGCCACAGAAGAAAUGCAGGAAAGAAAAGAUUGCUGCAGUUAAAUGUUAUGAUUAUCCUCCAGACAAGAAAUGCACCAAUGUAGAAUUUACUUGUGUAAAUGGGAAAUGUAUUCCAUUGGAGGAUCUUUGCAAUGGCAUCGAUGACUGUGCAGACCUAAGUGAUGAGUCAUGCUGUAAAAGUUGCAGUAAUUCUCACCACUGCAAGUCAGAUGUAUGUAUUCCAUAUUUUUCUCGCUGUGAUGGUGAAGAUGAUUGCUUGGAUGGAAGUGAUGAGAAGAACUGCACUGAAACAAGUAAACCCAAAAAUCAUAAUGAAGAAAGACGUCUGCUCAAGUCAUCACUUGCUAAAAUAUCCUGCGGGAUUUCAAAUGUCACCAGAGACACACACACUUUGAAGAGAUCUAAGAGGCUUGUGGGAGGUAAAGAGGCUUUACAAGGUCAAUUUCCUUGGCAAAUAGCAGUUUAUGAUGGCACAAAGUUGAACUGUGGUGGAGUCUUCAUUGGUGGUUGCUGGAUUUUGACAGCUGCGCAUUGUUUAAGGCUUUACCACAUGUCUGACUAUGUAGUGAGGAUUGCGAAGUACAACAAAAGAGAUGUUGCAGAUAAUGAAGAAAUUUUACCAGUUGAGAAAAUCGUUAUCCAUCAUGACUACCAACCUAAAACGUACCAAAAUGAUAUUGCCUUGAUAAAAGUGGUGCACAUUUUUUCUGAAAAGGAAUGCAUUCCACUGAGUCACGACGUCCUACCGGUCUGUGUCCCAUGGUCUGAGUAUCUAUUCAGACCCGAGAAGUCUUGCGUAAUAUCUGGUUGGGGUUCCGCACUAGGGGACAGAGUAAGCAUCCUACGUUGGGCUGAGCUCGAUAUAUUUGGAAACUGUUCAGAGAUUUACGAAUCUGAUUUUUAUGCAGGAAUGGAAUGUGCAGGAAAAAUGGAUGGAACAGUCGAUGCAUGCAAAGGUGAUUCCGGGGGUCCAUUAGUCUGUACUGAUGAAAGAAAUGAAGCCUACGUGUGGGGUUUAGUUAGCUGGGGUGAAGAAUGUGGAAAAUAUGGACAUCCUGGUGUCUAUACAAAAGUGUCUCAUUACUUUGAGUGGAUUAGCAGUCAUGUUGGUCGAGCUCUUAUUAGUAAAUACAAUAUCUGAAUGAUCAACAUUUUCUUCAUUCGCACCAAGAAAUAAAUCUACUGCAGAAAAUGCGUAUAAUGUAACUCACAUUUUCAUUAGAAAGGUUUACAAAUUAUAACACGAUAACUUCCAAUGUUGAAAUACAAAUACCACCAAUAAUCCUGUGUUAUCAGGAACCAAGUAAACAGAAAUGAUUUGGAAUCGGAGGUGGAUUUGACCUAUUGCUUUGAAACUUCUUUCCAAUUAAUAAAGACAUGUUAAAUGACA